AUGGCUUCGGCCGCUACGGUGACGGUCCUGUCGACCGUCACCGCAUCCGCGGCCACGCAUGCCGCGACCGCGGCCGCGCCCCAGGCCGGCGUGCUCGAGGGCUCGAACCCGGUCCACUACGACCCCAAGGACCCCAUCAUUCUGUUCAUCGUGCAGGCGUCCAUAAUCAUCAUCUUCUGCCGCCUGCUGUACUUCCCGCUCAAGUACUUUGGCCAGCCCAGGGUCAUUGCCGAGGUCAUCGGCGGCAUCAUCCUGGGGCCCUCGGUCAUGGCCCGCAUCCCGGGCUUCCAGCAGGCCAUCUUCCCGGCAGAGUCCAUGCCCGUGCUUGCCAACGUGGCCAACCUGGGUCUCAUCAUCUUCAUGUUCAUCACCGCCCUAGAAGUUGACCUGAACCUGUUCCUACAGAACUGGAAGGUCGCCGUGAGCGUCUCCUUCGCCGGGCUGGUGCUGCCCUUCGGCAUGGGCUGCGGCAUCGCCGUCGGCAUCUACAACGAGUUCGCGGGCGACAUGGUCAAGAACGUCAACUUUGGCGUCUUCGCCCUCUUCGUCGGCACCGCCAUCGCCAUCACGGCCUUCCCCGUGCUCUGCCGCAUCCUGACGGAGCUGAACCUGCUCGGCACCUCGGUCGGCGUCACCACCCUCGCCGCUGGCGUCGGCAACGACGUCGUCGGCUGGAUCCUCCUCGCCCUCUGCGUCUCGCUCGUCAACAACGCCAGCGGCCUGGCCGCCCUCUGGGCCCUGCUCUGCUGCGUCGGCUGGAUCCUGCUGCUCGUCUUCGCCGUGCGCCCCGCCUUCAUCUGGAUGCUGAAGCGGAGCGGGAGCCUGCAGGACGGGCCUUCGCCGGGCAUGGUCACCAUGACGUUGCUGCUGGUCCUGUGCUCUUCGUUUUUCACCGGCAUCAUCGGAGUGCACCCUAUCUUUGGCGGUUUUCUCGUGGGCCUGAUAUGUCCGCACGAAGGCGGCUUCGCCAUCAAGCUGACUCAGAAGAUCGAGGAUUUCGUCGGCGUGCUCUUCCUGCCCCUCUAUUUUGCCCUCUCCGGGCUGAAGACUGACAUUGGUCUGCUCAACGACGGCAUCGUCUGGGCCUAUGUCGUCGCCAUCACCCUCCUCUCGUUUGCCGGCAAAAUCAUCGGCGGAACGCUCGCGGCGCGAUUCUGCGGGCUCCUUUGGCGUGAGAGUGCCGCCAUUGGUGUUCUAAUGAGUUGCAAGGGUCUUGUGGAGCUUAUUGUCCUGAACAUCGGUCUCCAGGCCGGUAUCCUAUCCCCUCGGACCUUCACCAUGUUUGUCAUCAUGGCGCUCGUCACCACGGUGACAACCACGCCCGUUACCAAGUGGCUCUACCCGCCUUGGUACCAGAAGAAGCUGGAGCGCUGGAGGCGUGGAGAGAUCGACUGGGAUGGGAACCCCAUCUACCCCGAAGCCAAAGGGUCGCUGGAGCAGCUAGAGUCCACCAGCGUCAACCGCGUUCUCGUGCACCUUCGGCUCGACAGCCUGCCCAGCGUCUUCACCCUCAUUGCGCUGCUUGGACGGACCACGGGUACGGAGCCGUCGGGCACCGGCUCCCAGUCCGACAACAAGACCCCUGGCAGCGAAGACGGCGCCCUGCAGCCGCAGACCAAGCCUGGCCUGGGACGCCGCCACCUUGAGGUGCAUGGUCUCCGGAUGCUGGAGCUGACGGACCGUACAUCGUCGGUCAUGCAGGUGACGGAGGGCAACGACCUCUCCGAGAGCGACCCGGUCGUCAACGUGUUCCGGACCUUCUCGCAGCUCCACGAGGUGGCCGUGUCGGGCAAGGUGGCCAUCGUGCCAACGCACUCUUACGCCGAGACGCUGGCCGACAAGGCCAACGACGUCGGGUCCGACCUGGUGGUGAUACCGUGGAGCCACACGGGCUCGCUCGCCGAGGACCAGUUCUCGCCGCACUCGGUGUCGCAGCAGGACCGGUUCAACGACAGGAGCCACCUCGACUUUGUAAACGGCACCCUGCGCAGCGCGACGUGCAGCGCGGCCGUCUUCAUCGACAACGGCUUCGGCGGGCCCGGACCGGGAGCCGGCAAGGCGCAGAAGCCCGGCCUGGUGCGCAGCGUCAGCCGGCUGUCGAUCCGGAGCCAGCGCGAGACGGCGACGCUCUUCCUCAUGGACCGCACGCACCACGUCUUCAUGCCCUUCUUUGGCGGGUCCGACGACCGCGUCGCGCUCCGGUUCGUGCUCCAGCUGGCCAAGAACCGGCUCGUGACCGUCACCAUCGCCAACCUCAAGUGGCGCCCGCAGGCGGCCGACGACAACCUCCCCACUAGCCCCGUGGAUGAAGAGGAGGAGGAUGCCACGGGCAACAUGGACAGCGUCGCGAGGGCCACCAGCGCGUCGUCGGGUCGCGGCGCGGCCGACAAGGCGGCGGCGGCCGUCGUGCUGGACGAGGUGGACAGCUCGCCCGACGCGGCGGUGCAGGCGGCGCUCGAGCGCGCGGCCCCGGCCAAGGGAGGGAAGAAGAGCUCGGGCGACAUCGUCGUCGUGGGCCGCAGGCACGCGGCCCUGCCCGGCGAGAAGAGCGCGGCCAGGCUCGCGGCCGACCAGCAGGGCCACCAGGACGACCUCAGGGGCACGCUCGGCCUCGUGGCCUCGCAGCUGGUCGCCGGCGGCCUCACGGCCAGUCUACUCGUCAUGAAGGCGGGCGCCAGGCGCGAGGGCGGCGGCGGCAGUGGCGGCGGCAGUGGCAAAAAGGUCGGUGACGCGGGCGACGACAGCAGCGACGAGGCCGGGGUUGGUGCGAGUCGGUGA